AUGGAAUACAAACCUAAAACAACUCGAGAUAAAAGGGAAUAUGAUGUGACUCCAGAUAAAAAUAUUACAAAUACAAUAAAAACAGAGAAACGUGUAGCAACAAAAAGAACAAAUGUUUUGAUGAAGGCCGUGGAAAAGAAAGAAAAAUUUGAAAGAUUAGAAGGUUCGGAUAAUGUUAAUGAUGAAAACGGAUUUACUAAAUUUUCUAACAGGGACAGGAAAAUCUAG